CAGUUAUUUUAGCCGGUAGGAUUUAAGAACAGCUUCAUUUCCGGUACCACCGGAAGCAAUUGGAAAAUGGCGUCUUCUUUGCCGAUCGGUCCCGUUCCAGUAGCUGGGAAAAGUGAAUUUCGCAACCAGAAGUCAAAGCCGGAGAGCAAAGAUGAAUCGGAGCUCCUCACUGUUCCUGAUGGUUGGAAGGAGCCAGCUUUUUCUAAAGAGGACAAUCCCAGGGGACUCUUGGAAGAGAGCAGUUUUGCAACUUUGUUUCCCAAAUAUAGAGAGGCUUACUUGAAAGAGUGUUGGCCUUUGGUGCAGAAAGCCUUGAAUGAACAUCAUGUUAAAGCAACCCUGGACCUGAUCGAGGGCAGUAUGACUGUUUGUACUACAAAGAAGACUUUUGACCCAUAUAUCAUCAUUAGGGCCAGAGACCUAAUAAAACUGUUGGCAAGGAGUGUUUCAUUUGAACAGGCAGUACGAAUUCUUCAGGAUGAUAUCGCGUGUGAUAUCAUUAAAAUAGGUUCCUUAGUAAGAAAUAAGGAAAGAUUUGUAAAAAGAAGACAACGGCUUAUUGGUCCAAAAGGAUCUACAUUAAAGGCAUUGGAACUCCUAACAAACUGUUACAUUAUGGUUCAGGGAAAUACAGUUUCGGCCAUUGGACCUUUUAGUGGCUUAAAAGAGGUUCGAAAAGUAGUUCUAGAUACUAUGAAGAAUAUUCAUCCCAUUUAUAACAUUAAAACCUUAAUGAUUAAACGGGAAUUGGCAAAAGAUUCUGAAUUACGAUCACAAAGUUGGGAAAGAUUCUUGCCACACUUCAAACACAAAAAUGUGAAUAAGCGCAAGGAACCGAAGAAGAAAACUGUUAAGAAAGCAUACACGCCAUUUCCACCACCACAGCCAGAAAGUCAGAUUGAUAAAGAAUUGGCUAGUGGUGAAUACUUUUUGAAAGCGAAUCAAAAGAAGCGACAAAAAAUGGAAGCAAUCAAGGCUAAACAAGCAGAAGCUCUCAGUAAGAGACAAGAGGAAAGAAACAAAGCAUUUAUUCCACCUAAAGAAAAAACAGUUGUGAAACCUAAGGAAGUAUCUACUGAAACUAAAAUUGAUGUGGCUGCCAUCAAGGAGAAGGUUAAGAAAGCAAAGAACAAGAAACUGGGAGCUCUUACAGCUGAAGAAGUUAAACUUAAGGUGGAAGCAGAUGAAAAGAAAAAGAAGAAAAAAAAGUAACAUUAAAAAAAUAACCAAAACUCCCUGAACUAGAAUUUAUAAAACUAUCUCCUUUUGUAAAGGAUUUUGAGAUAUUAGGGCAUUAGUUGUCCUAUGUGUGAGAAAUAAUAUUUCUGAGUUUCAUAUAAUAAUAUUCUUUAUAAAUAUAUUCUUGUGUAUUUUGAAAAAAUUUGUGCUAGAAAGUGCUAUGUGUACAUUGUACCUAAUCAGGCAGGUUUUGCCUGAGCAUGAGUUUAGGAGUAACUUUUAAGUUUUUUUAUAUAUACAUUUUUGGAACGUGACUAUUGUAAUUUUUCAUUAAAUCCAAAGUCUGAUGUCAUUGGUUAGUUUUUAAACAUAAUCAUGUCCCAGCAUUUGGUUUUGAGGAAAAUAAAUGCCAGUUUUUCAGUGCA